GGAGCCGGCAUGUCUGCAGUUUUUCCCGCGCAUUUCUAUUGUCGAGUGUCGAAAACCUGUUGUCGGACCGUGUCGUGCGAAAAGGUUCUAUCCGUAGGUAUUCUAUUACAUACAUACCAGUUGAAACGGUUGAAACUGGAAAGUCACUCGUUUCACGUGAUCGUGUGCUUGUUCGAAUCGCGUACGGGAACAAUGGGUGAAAGAGAGUCGUGUUCCUCGCGUGAAAUUCCUGUCUCGGACGAUGUUAAGCAGGACGAGUAUGCGAUAAGCAUCGGCGGGCGCAGUGGUGACCGCCGCGAGAAAGAACACGAGGAAUAUCAGUAUUUACGUUUAACGGAAAAGAUAAUACGAGAAGGGGCGAAAAAGAACGAUCGUACCGGGGUGGGUACCUUGUCCAUUUUUGGGACUCAAAUGCGAUUCGAUUUACGAGACGACGUGUUUCCAUUAUUGACCACGAAGAGGGUGUUUUGGAAAGGCGUGGUAGAGGAAUUGUUAUGGUUCAUCAGAGGAUCGACGAAUGCCAAAGAGUUGUCCGACAAAGGCGUUCGUAUAUGGGAUGCAAACGCCUCGCGUUCGUUCUUAGACGCUUGCGGGUUUACGGAUAGAGAGGAGGGCGAUUUGGGACCAAUUUAUGGGUUUCAAUGGCGGCAUUUCGGCGCGGAAUACAAAGACGCGCGUACGGAUUACACUGGACAAGGCGUCGAUCAAUUGAGAGAAGUUAUAGACAAGAUACGAAAUUCUCCUAACGACCGAAGAAUCAUAAUGUCGGCGUGGAAUCCGAUCGACUUACCAAAAAUGACCCUGCCUCCUUGCCACUGUUUCGCACAGUUUUACGUGAACGAAGGAGAAUUGUCCUGUCAAAUGUAUCAGAGAAGCGCGGAUAUGGGUCUGGGCGUACCGUUCAAUAUAGCAUCUUACGCUCUGUUAACGCGCAUGCUGGCACAAGUUACGAAUUUAAAGCCAGCCGAAUUUAUACUCACGAUGGGCGACUGUCACGUUUACCUCAAUCACGUGUCCGCGCUCGAAGAACAGAUCAAACGCGAGCCAACACGGUUUCCGCGGCUAACAAUCGCUCGAGACGUUCCGAGCAUCGAAGAUUUCGACACGAAUGAUUUCGAGCUGCACGGAUACGAGCCGCAUCCAAAAAUUUAUAUGCCGAUGGCCGUUUGACCAUCGGGUCUCGACGACGAACGAACGACCAACGGAACGGCGGAUUCACCUAAAUGCGCUUGUCCGCGUAUACCAUCAUUUCAUCGUGCGCGAGAGAUACGAUACGGUCCAAGUAAGAAUACGUUUAAAAUUCAUUAGUUUUAUCAUUUUUAAACCGUAUCUACAUUUCGUUUCCUAAUAAAAAUUAUGAUUUUAUUAUUA